UUCAAUGGGCAUUGGCCCGGAAAGCCCAGAAAUCACCUAAAACGCACCAUUUCUCGUCAGUCCCCCACGCCUCCAAGAUUUUUCCCUCAUCACUUCCCACCACCAAAAAACCCCACCAGAACACAGCAGAGCUCAGCAGCUGCUCCCAUGGCUGCUCCCAAAUCAUAGACAAAAAAUCAAUAUACAAAAAAUCUACAGAUAUGGUUCUGCUUCACCUUCCAAGAACCCAUAUAUCUCUCUACACCCAUUUCUCCCUCUUCGCAAAACCCAAAACCCCAACCUUCGCCACCGCCACAACUCUCCCCCCAGUCCUCACCUCCGCCCUCUUCUCCGCCCCCAAAUCCACCCUCUCAGCCUCCGAACCCAUACCCAUUUCCCAAAUCCCGGAACCCCAAAUCGAAACCCCUCAGGAAUUCGAAACCCACAUCGAAAUCCCGCUCGAGAAGCUCUUCGUGCCGCCGGAAACUGAGGUCUCGUAUACCAACACCGGUGCUCUGAGCACCAGAAUCUUGAAAGGGUCCAAUAUUCUGCUCAGCAAGUACGCCAGGAACGCUCAGGUGGACCAGGCCGAGUUCGUGAAGAGCAGUGUGAGGACUGAGGAUUGCCCCUCUGAUGGUCUCCCGGAGUUUGCUCUCGUGGGUCGGUCCAAUGUCGGCAAGUCCUCGCUGCUCAACUCGCUUGUGCGGCGGAAGCGGCUCGCUUUGACGUCCAAGAAACCUGGGAAAACACAAUGUAUCAAUCAUUUUCGGAUCAAUGAUAGCUGGUUCCUGGUGGAUUUGCCCGGCUACGGGUACGCUGCUGCACCACAGGAUCUUAGAACCGAUUGGGUGAAGUUUACUAAAGACUACUUCCUGAAUAGGUCGACAUUAGUUUCGGUUUUCCUUCUCAUUGAUGCCAGCAUUCCUGCCAAAAAAAUUGAUCUGGAAUACGCUAGUUGGCUGGGCCAGAAUCAGAUUCCUAUGACUCUGAUAUUCACCAAAUGUGACAAGCGGAAAAAGAAGAGGCAUGGAGGGAAGAAAGCUGAAGAGAAUGUGCAGGAUUUUCAGGAGUUAAUAAGCGGCUUCUUCAAGACAGUGCCUCCGUGGAUUAUGACGAGCAGCCUGACCAAUCAGGGUCGUGAUGAGAUGUUACUGCAUAUGGCUCAGCUGCGGAACUACUGGCUGAAGCACUAGGAAAACCAAAAACCUGAUCACGUCUUCCCAAUCUCAAGUAGGUAUGCUGUCUAAAUUGUUCAAGAUACAUCCAAGUACAAGAAGCUGAGAUGAAAUCACAACGUCACACGAAGUAUUUUAUCCCCAAGGGCUCUAUAAUCUGCAUCUGAAUAUGAUGUUAAACUUGGCAGCAAUACAUUGAGGAAAAGGAGAGCCAAUGAGCUUACUGUGGCAAAAAGCUAAUAGCUCAAUUUUGUCCUUCGUGUUACUGUUUUAAUCUAGUGUAAAUGUGUUUAAAUCUUUAUUUAAAGUUCAGGGAAUCAUAAUCUUUACAUUUCAA